GCGCAUGAGUCAGUGGGCGCCACCUUACGGCGAGCGACGGUAGUAGGGGAAGAUGGCGUAUAUCAACAUUGCAGAAUGGACACCGGAGCACGUCGCGGACUGGUUAAGAGGCCUGGACGACAUUAUUAUUCCAUAUGUGCACUUCUUCCUCAACAACAACAUCGAUGGCCACCACCUGCUCACCCUCGGUCCAGAUGAUCUCACUAGCCUCAACAUUUCCAAGGUCGGCCACCAAGAACUUAUCCUCGAGGCAGUGGACCAGCUACGUCAGCUGCACUACAAGCUGAUCACAGAAAACCUGCAGUCACUGGCGCUGAAGCUUGGCUGCAGAGCACGCAGUGUCUACAAUGACAUCAAGCGCAUGACAACCACAGACCAGGAUAACUUCAUAAAUAUUGCCACCAGCGUCCUGGCUGAUGUCUCAGAGGUGCUGCUUGCUGUCAAGUCAUUCGUCUCAUGGCUGGAUAGCCUCUGGCUUCUGGCUGCUUGCAGGGCGCCCUUCGAAGGUCAAGAGCGUUACACCAACAUCCGGCAGACGGUGCUCAAACUGGGCAUUGAGCUCGCAUCCACAGCGCAGAGAGACCACUUUGCAGCCAAGCCCUAUGCUGUCAUACAGAGCAGUUGCUACAACCUGGCUGACAUUUGUGAUAUCAUCAUUCAAGAGUGCCAUGAUUCCCUCAUCAUCCAGCCUGCUUCCCUUGACGUAGCCACUGUUAAGAAGAAGACAGAUGAAGAAUGGGGCAUGCAGAUCAAUUCAUCCUACUCGGGCAUCCACGUGGUUGGUGGAGUCAAGUUUCAAAGCCCUAGCCAUCGAUGUGGCAAAGUGGACGUCGGCGACGAGAUUGUUCAGAUCAACUACCAGACGGUGGUGGGAUGGCAGCUGAAGCAUCUGGUCUACAUGCUUCAGGAGCACCCCACUGAAGUCUUGCUUACCCUGAAGAAAAGGCCACGACACACAAAUAUCUUGGGGCAGGUAAUAGUGUUGAGGCCAUACAGGAUACCAUUAAAGAAGGUUACCUAUGGAAAGGUGAUGUGGCCAGAGAAUGGUGUCCAGCCAGUAAACAUUGAAGAAGUCUUUCCUGUCAAGACACAGCAAGAGCCUGCAAGCCCAAGGGCGGUGCUGCGGGAGGUGGAGGACGACGACUCUGCUUUUCUGCCGGAUGCAGCUGUGCAGAGUGCCACAUCGACAACAACUGCCUCAGUUGCAGCACCGUCAUCCAUCCGAGCUCAAGUAUUCCCUCCACGAUCACGGGCGGCCAUUCAUCGGCGAGCCACAGUCAGUGGUGCAUCCCCUACAGUCACGAAGGCACCUGUCAGUCUGCAGGAUUUAGUUGCUGGUGGAAUCCCUGGUCUCUUCGGUGGUAGUUCGAAGAAGAAAGAUGCAGUGUUUCGUUCAGUUUCUCACGAUCCUGGCUGUCAUGGUGCUGGCGGGAAGUUGACGGUGGCAGACGGAUCUUGUGUGGAAGAAGGGAAGGAGCCUGAAACAAAGGGAGCUGAGCAUCAGCCAGAGAAAAAGCAGGAGUCAGUGACAAACGCGGCCAAAGAUGCACCCAUGAUGUCCAAGGGCAGGACAGCAUCGGACUCGGCGGUUGUUCCUCUCGUAGGGAGGUCCUUCGGAAUGGCGGGAACACUUUCUUCACGCCUCAGAGAAGCCCGAGGCCUGACCACUGGGGAGUCGGCAAAGCAUUCCAGUGGACCUCCUGCUCCAGCUAGUGGAAGUCGUGGUGUGGCUGAUGUACGUUCAGAAGUUGGGAGCCAGUCGCCACGGGAGAGGAGGCUGUUCGGACCUGGCACGGGCAAACGAUCACCCAUGGUCACACUCAAGGUUCCCAAGAUAGAGGACCUGAAGCACAAUCACAUGCACAGUAGGUCCAGCAAGGCCAAGGCUCAUGAGGCACCUUCAAAUGCCCAGGCAAACUCUAGUAGCAGCGAUGCACACGGUGCAAAGGUUGGUUUCGGUGCCAAGGAAUCUCCCAAGAAGCCUCUUGCCCAACCUCCAGCCAUGAACACAAAGACACAAUGUUCAGAGAGCACACUAGGGAAUCGCGGGGUGCCGUGCCCGGAGCUGGGGGUGGCCGAGUGCGAAGGGUGGCUCCUUCGGCGCUGGUGGGGGGGGCAGCAGCAGCAAGCAGCGCCCCUCCUAGCAGGGGGGAGGACGGCAGCGCCAGCGAUGGCAGCCCUUCCUCCCUGGCGCCGCCGCUGGGUCCUCCUCCGGGGUCCCCAGCUUUUCCUCUACGCCACUCCCCAGGACCAGAAAGCAGAAUGCCUGCUGUAUGUGCCUGGUUUUGUGGUGUCCCUUGCGCCCGACUGUAAAUCCAAAAACGGUGCCUUCAAGCUCUCCAACUCCGAAAACACUUUUUAUUUCGCUACAGAGUCCCAAGCAGACACUUCAAGAUGGUUAACCAAGCUUCAGCAGGCGGCCAAACAUUAUCCGAGCUACUCAGGUUCAUGCCUCUGGGCAAGUGAUAGUGAUGAAGACGCGGUGCUGGACAGCAAGAUGUUCAAGCCAGCAUCGUCAUCCUCAUCGUUUUCCAGCCACAAAAUUAGCCUAGGGCCGGCACCUUUGGACAGGCCGAGACAGCCGUCUCCAAAGCCCAUGCCCAGAACUAUAUUUCUGCGCUCAGCCAUAGUGCCCCCGCAGUUGACAGACAGGUCAGCCACUCUUUCCCCACGGCGCACCACCGGCGAGCCACCGACGACGAGUGCUUCAAAUUCCUCACUGCCCAGAAAUCGCGAGUCGUCCAAGUCCCCACCAUCGGUGCUGUGCCCUUCUUCACUGGAGUUGUCUUCAGAGUGCAGUGAUGGCUCGACAUGCAGCCUAACUGCAAAGCAGAGGUUGUCAGGUGCCUGGGAUAGAUACAGUGAUGCUUUAGGUGUUGUGCAGCCAGCAAAAAGAGAUUUCAGUACUGCUAAGUCAAAGCCUCCGUCAGGCCUUUAUGUGAAUGUUUCCUUCAAGCACAGCAGCAGCACCAAGGAACCGUCCACGCCGACCUGCACAGGCUUGCCCCCACCGAGUGAACAAAUUCUCGGAGCCAACCCUGGCAAUCCAGCCAGAGUGCCGACCUUGGCGCCUUCGUCCCCGGCGCUGUCGCGUGCUGUGCAGCGCCGCCCAUCAGACUCCUCCAAGUUGUCGCGAAGCAAGACUGCGGACAGCUUUCCACAGAUGCAGACGCCAAAGGGUGAGACGCUGCUUGACCGAGAGUACAACAGGGUGUUUAAGAAAUCGCCAUCGGCGUCGUCCUCUCCAGAUCCUGCUGCUCUCUCGGAUAGUCCAGCCACCUCCCCGGUGCCACUGCCAGUGCUGACUAAUUCUCUUCUGCCACGCUGUGCCACAAGCCAGGAGAUUAAAGACCUCUACACGAAUCGCCGAAACUCGUGGAGGGGCUCCCAGCAGGAGUUGAUGAUUCCGCUUUCAUCGGUAGGCAGUAGUGACCUCGGUUCUCCUCUAGAGGGGUGUGUGCAGUCACCGGACUACAGUUAUCGGGACUAUGCAUCACCCGAUUACGCAUCACAGAGGCCAGACGUCAUUCCUUCCCAGUACCACCAGGGUCGGUCCAGACCACCCCAACCCGAGGAGGCAGGCACUGACCCCUGGGUCCCCCGUAGUGCCCCAAGUCCAUCGCAAGGUGUUGAACGAACACCGAGAGGUAGAGGUGAGAAGCUGCCAUCGUCCUCUUUCCUAAGAGCCGGUUCGGCACCUGCGUCAUCUUGUUGUCAGGCAGCGCCAUCCCCCACUCCAACCAAGACAUCGAGUCGUUUCUUUCACUCGCCGAAGUUCCUCAAGAAGUUUGCCUCCUCGACACGUGAGGGCCUGUCCAACAUCUUACGUUCGCCACGGCUUGAGCGAAAGAAACUGACUACAGAACGAGAUAUGUAUGGGUCUCCCAAGCUUAGUCGCUCUGCUGGUGUCCGGCUACUGAAGUCGUCAGCAUCUGCAUCUGCAGUGUCAUCUUCACCUGCAGAGGUCCCUGAAGAGUCAUCGCCAUCGCCGUUGACACACAAAAGUGGCAGCAGCAGCAGCCUCAACAGCAGCACUUCGGCGGGCAGCUUUGUCACAUCAUCGUCGUCGUCGCACUGCUACGCAGAAGUGUUUGCACCACCUGGGUCAGCGCCUCUAGCAAGGCCAGAGACUCCGGAGACGCCGCGUGCACGCCCAACCAUGGGAGUGUCUAUGCUUCGGGGCAAGCGGCGCACUUCAUCAAGUGCGGCGGGAUCUGAGGAGCGCUCUUUUUCACCCUGCUCGUUUGCGUCGUCUGCCGGAGGGAGUGGCAGUGGCGCGCCGUGGGCGCGGGAUGAUGGCAGUGUCUUUGGCGAGGAGACAUCACCUGGUGGUGGCGAUGCUUUCCAGUUUGGGCAUGGGACAGAUGGGAGCCCUGAAAGUGUUUUAGGGAGUGGAUCUGAAAGGGAGUGACAAGUCCGUUGGAUCAUAGUGGCAUUUUAGGACGGAAGGAGACUUGCACUGAGCCAAGGCUCUCUCGCCAGUAUUCUGUGUGUUUAGGCAUUAUCACAUUUAAAAUGCGCCACACUUAUACAGGAUAUUGCAAGACGAAACCUUCUUCCCAUUACAUUUUUUUUUUCACCCGUUGUAAUUCUCCACUCUUCUAUAAGUAAUAUGUACUGCUGCAGAGUUUCUCUCAUGUUUGCCUGUUAGUGAGAUUAGCUGUCUUCCUGCCGUCAGUUCCUGUGUCGUCUGUCAGUGAUAAAGUUGUUCGAUCUUGCAGGGCCAAUGGACGGCUAGUGUCUGAUGAGGUACAGUGCAGUACAUUUAUAGCAGUGCCUCGUACAAUAAUUACUACUUUUGAUGAUGGUGUGCAAAACCAGUUUAGAUGCCAUGUUGUGAUGUUGAAAUAAUUGACUUUUCUAACCUACUCAGUGUGAUGGUGGCAUUGGAGGAACUAAUAAAUCAUCGCUGGCACUAAUGAUAUUUUACUCACCAGUAGCAGCCUCUGAAUCAAGUUUCACGCCCAAAAUAACUGACGAAGAAAAUUUCUGGUGAUCAUCGUUUCUUAAAUAACAAGACAUCAUCAUGUAAUAACAAACCGUCGACUGAAAUCACCAGUGCCUGUAUGUUCCUGCCGGUCGCUUAGCUAUGUCAAGAGAAUGAAUGGUCAAGCACUACAUACUGUUGUUUGUUGGAAGUAGCUGCUGCUUCCAAAUCAGUUGCAGUUAUUACACCACAAUUUCCUGCAAGUCAUUCACAAGAUCCUGCAAGUCCUAAGCAUUCCCAGCAAAUUAUGUUGCCCCAUUUUUUUUUUGCACUGGUUAAUGCGCAUACUCUUGUAGCAGGUGCUGACAGACUUUGAUGAGAGCUUUCCGUUUCUUGUACCAAACUGGGUACCACAAGGUACACAUACAAUGCUCAUUCAGAGGUGCUGACUAAUGCAAGGUUGUGGUGUUUGGGCAUGAUGUAGUCUUGUGUACCAUGCAAUAUUUAGGCCAGUGUGACGAGAAAGCGCCACACUUGUAUACAGUGCCAUUCUUUCUUUUGGUUCCUCACUGUCCUUGAGGCAUUUUAAACAAGGUUGUGCGGAGCUUUUGUGAUUGUUUAAAGUGUCUUUGACGCACCUUGUCAUGGGUGGAGUGAGGAAUGUUUUGCGCCCCAGCGUGCUGCAGAGCCUAGAACUGUUGCGCAGUGAGCGCUGUUUUUAGUUGUUUUUAAGUGAGUUGCCAUGUCUUAUGUACUAUAGCAUGUUUCCUGUCUUGUAAUGUAUUUGUGAGUGACAGACCUGCUUUGAGGCUAUGUUUUUAGAUUAGUGUAGCCUGUUUCCCAUGCGACACUUCCAUAGCGUAUAUUAGUAUAUUACACAAACUGUGUUGUUCACUAACUCUUCCUGGGCUUUAGCCACUCAUUCUUUAAAUCUGCUGUUGUAAUUGCAUGUGAGUGUGAGACUCUAUAUAUGUUUUGCUGUCUUGCAAUAGUUUACUCUGUGACUUCACACCUUUCUGAGAGUGCUUGUGUUUGAGCCAAGCUAUCUUAAAAGCUGUCAGUAUUUUCUGUGCUCUCUCAUGCCCCAACGCUGAUCUGUAUUUCUUAUUGUGCUUUCUCGCAGUAGUAGGGUUUAGUGUAAUGGAGAGCCAGUUGACGUAACUUUGACGAGACUGGACCUUUGGAAGUGUUCAUGAACAAACUUUUUGACUCUUGCUAUUCUUUGUAAAAUGUUCCUGUUUUUUACACACAGCUUGCCAUCUGAUGGUGUUCCUUACUGCAAAUCAUCUACAUGAGAAAAAAUACCAGGGUUGUGCUCUAGCUGCACCGGCUAUGUUUGCUGUCAGUUGUGUGUUAGUUAAGGCAUCUCAGAUGAGCUUUGCGACUGCAGCCAGGUGAUUGUGAUGGAAACAUGCCAUGAGCCCUGAGACAUGCCAUGGGCCAGUGGGCGUUGUGUCUGUUGAAGAUGUGUGCAGAAGAUAUGCAGGAUGGUGUAAGAGAGACUAGUGCAGCGUAUAGUGACUUCUGUAGAUCCUUGUUGAUGCAUUUAAAUGAAGAGGGAUGACAAAGAAGAGAUAUACGGGAGCACUUAGGAUUUAACGUGUAUGAUAUGAAAUAGGGUUUAGAGCUUCCUGUUGAGAAUGUACAAAUCGUGAAGCCAUAUUUACUGAGGGUGCAUCAGCAAGGUUCUGCAGUGUUUAGCACUAACCUUAUCUGGUCUUUCUCUCUCCAUGCUCUCUGUGUGUUUGGAGUUGCUCUACUAUUGUAGUGAAGAUGGUUUAAUGUCAGGCUUAACGAUGUCUACGACUGUUAGCCUAGUGUAGACAGCAUGACUUUUUAAGCGGUGACUUGUAUGUUUCAUGUGCUUUUAGUCUACUUUUCUUUUAAAUGAAUAUUUGAUUUCUUGAUUUGUAUAGAAGAGUUGUUCUUUGCGGUAGAGCUGGGAGAGGGUGUUGCCGUCAUUUUGACUCAGGGGCCAACUUAAACAUCUAAUCAAACUUGACAAUAUCUUGCUUUGACUUCUAUUGAACUUGCCCCGACUCACCAUGUGGGCUGCCUUUUUUGGUGCCAGCUAGGAGUGAAUGCAUCUUGUUUGAUGCAUGCAAGUUGUUGUGAACAGGUGUUUGUUAUGGGCAUUGCUUGCAAGAGAAACUUGUCAGCGAAAGGGUGUGCCUUUGUAUGACAGGCAUCACUUAAAUCUUGAUGCACAUUUUCGGAUGUCUGCAAGUUGCCUGCAGUCAUUGUAGUAGUAGUGCUAUGGAAUGAAAUGCUGAAAAGGCUUUUCAAAAAAGCAUUGACAUUUUUGCACUGUUCAUUUAGGCUCAGGUCUAUAGUGAGGGUCCUCCUGUUCUAGCACGUCCUUGAGCAAGUCAAAGCUAUUCUUUGCCAGCUUCUGUCUUAGACUACUUUGCCAGUCUUCUUUGGUUUAUUGUUUUGUAAGAAUAUUGAUUCUGUGGUUCUUGUGGCUUUCUUUAUACUAUGCAAUUUAGGUCACAUGUGAAACUUAUGGUACAGUUGAUUGGUUCCUACCGGGCUCUAAGUCUAUUUGCAGCGAUGCAGAGGCCCUCUGUCAUUCUGUCAUUGGAGCAGGGGGAAGCCUGCCCGAACUGAUAUUCAGCUGCUCCUAGAGCAGGGAAAGGAGCCACAUGACUGGAAUUCUGUCAGAUCUCGGUUGCACUCCCAGCUCUAAAGUGAGCGCAUUUUCGAGCGCUCUGACUAAGAGCUAAGUCACACACAAGCAUUUGUGGUCACUUAUUGGAUGCUGCAUAAAUUCAAGCAGACAUUCUGUAUGUUGUGUGUGUAUAUAUAUAUAUAUAUAUAUAUAAUAUUGCUCUGAGCUCAGUGCUGUAUGCUCCUUUGUUUAUGAUAUUUUCACUCAUAGGUCGUAGAUGUAUGUCGUUGAAAUGCAUCUUGUUGAUAAUGCUGCCACAAAAAUGCUGGAAGCUAGGCCCGUCUUGUUUAAAAAACUGCGAGUUCUCAGUUUAGAACACUACCAGCAGUGAUCCUCUGAUGUUGGUACCAUUGUCAUAUUUAAAGAUUUUAUUAACAACACCAAAACCCACCAUUACAGCUCUUCUGCAGGCUGAUGAAGGAGAGGGGUAAAAUUAUGCUUUGCUAAAAAAAGCCCCCAGUCCAGUGCUUAGACUAUGACAAACACAUACUAGUUAAGAGAAAGAGUCAGUAUCAGACUCAAUGUUUUUGUAUUCAGAUGUCUUUGUGAAACGUGCCCAAAACCUUUAUCUUAUGUGUGACUUGUGCUGUGUUGACAGCACCAGUUUUUCUUAAGGAUUUGCUCAAGGACGUUCUAAACCGUUAGACCUUUAUUAGCUUUUUUUUGUCCAGAUUGUCUGAGCUAUAUAUGCCUUUCUGUACAAUAGUGUUAGUGCACACAAUCAACUUUGUUUGGUGUGCCAUUGUUGGUAACCUGUUGAUAACAACAGGUGAUUUUGGGGUAGCAUAAACUUGGGACAGUCAUUACAUUUAGAAAAUGAAGUUCUGGGGGAAAGAGUAGUAUAGGUUUCGAAAGAAUUGCUUCUUGUAAAGAAGUUGUGGUAUAGUUUGUGUUUAUCUUUUUCGAUGCAACAGUCUUGUACAAAUGUAUAUUUUUGUCCCCAUAUUGUACAUAGGAUUGUAUACACAAGGUGCAUAUAUUAAAUAUUUUAUUCAGUGUUAUGCUUCAUAACAA